AUGUCAUUCCGUUCUUUGGCUCUCCCUGGCCGUAUAUCGAGCUAUGCCAGCCUCUCAAACAUCCGUCCUAAUACCCGUUGUGUGGGAGGAAUCUGGAAUCAACGUGGUCUUGCAACAGCAGCUCCGCCAGUGAUCCAGGAUGCGACUGGCUCAAAGGGACCUACAGCGAUGGUCUUUAUGAACAUGGGUGGACCUUCAACAACUGACCAAGUGGAGGACUUCCUGAGUCGACUUUUUUCGGAUGCCGACUUAAUACCUCUGGGAAGACUGCAGAACUACAUUGGACCUUUACUCGCCCGUCGAAGAACACCAAAGAUUCAAAAGCAAUACUCAGACAUCGGCGGUGGCUCGCCGAUUCGUAAAUGGUCGGAAUACCAGUGUGCCGAGAUGUGUAAGCUUUUGGAUAAGAUGUCUCCAGAGACAGCGCCACACAAACCAUACGUCGCGUUUCGCUACGCCGCCCCCUUGACAGAAACCAUGUACGACCAGCUGCUUGCGGAUGGAUUUGGCAAUGGCAAAGGAGGACGUGCUGUCGCAUUUACGCAAUAUCCACAAUACUCCUGCUCUACCACUGGUAGCUCCCUGAAUGAGCUGUGGAAAUGGCGUAACCGAGUGGAAGGGAAGGAUGCCGAUAGAUCGGAUUCAGCUGGAGCUAUUCAAUGGAGUGUCAUCGACCGGUGGCCCUCGCACUCCGGCCUUGUUGAGGCCUUUGCACAGAAUAUUGAGGCGCAGUUGAAGACCUACCCCGAAGAAAAGCGGGAUAAAGUGGUAUUGCUGUUCUCCGCCCACAGUUUGCCCAUGAGUGUUAUCAACCGAGGUGAUCCCUACCCUGCUGAAGUUGCCGCGACUGUACACGCGGUCAUGCAGCGUCUUAAAUUUAGCAACCCGUACCGUCUAUGCUGGCAAUCUCAGGUGGGCCCUUCUGCAUGGCUCGGUGCUCAGACCAGCGACACAGUGAUGGGGUAUGUCAAGCGUGGUCAGACAGACCUGGUCCUGGUUCCCAUCGCUUUUACCAGCGACCAUAUUGAAACUCUAUACGAGUUGGAUAUGGAGGUCAUCCACGAGGCAAACAGCCCUGGCGUUAAGCGCGCCGAGAGCUUGAACGGCAACCCGAUCUUCAUACAGGCACUUGCAGACAUCGCUCACGCGCAUCUGCAGAAGGAAGAUCCCUGUUCCGUCCAGAUGACUCUGCGCUGUCAAGGUUGCAAGAGUGACCGAUGCCUAGAGCAGAAGAAGUUCUUCGCUGGCGAGAAGUAUGGUCCUCUUGUGGCAUAG